AUGGUCCUCAGGAUUGCCGGUUGGGUGUUCACUCACGAUCAAGUUCGCAAAUGGUUGGAGCGCGGCGGGCGGGAAUACAAGACGCUCGAGUAUUAUGAGCUUACAGGAGCACUCAAGGAGUGGUUCGAGGAGAGGCAAAUCAGAUAUAUGGCUCCCAUCCCGACUGACUAUCCUCACGGAAGCAAGCAGCCAAUUAUCCUUCUGACUACGCGAUUCCACGAGGAUCCCGCCUCGACGGUGGCUCACUACACGCGUUUCAGGGAGAGAGAUGUUGACCGGAAAGUGAAGCGGCAGGUGUUGGAGGAGACUGGAUUGAAGGAUGACGACUUGCGCUGGGUGACUGUCGUCGACCCAUACUUCCACCACGAUGUGGUGUACAAGUACCCCAGGAACUACGUCCUCUGGCCUGAGACGGGCAUGCCGCCUGAGGAAGAUGAAGCCGAGAAUAAGGAGGGUGGAGACAAGGGAGAGGAGAAGGGAGACAAGGACGAUAGAGGCAAGAAAGAGGAAGCGGGAGAUAAGGCGGGGGAGUAG